CUUCUCUCUCGGAGUCGUCCGCAGUUUGGGUCUCACACUCUCGCCACUUUCUCUCCUCGGGUCUCCGUUACGUCACUCAGUGUGACUCGGCCGAACUGACGGUAACCCGCACCACACCAUGGCUGCGGUGGUAGAGGAGGCUGUUACCGCUGGCGGUGCUGACGAGGUCAAGCCAUACAAGAUCCAUGUCUCGUCAAAAUAUUUGGAUCUCACUAGACAGAAGCUAGAGGUUACCAGACUGCCUCACGAGCUCGCCGACCCCAAGUCCAAGGAUUGGUGGGAGCCCAAGUCUCAGAUAGAGCCACUCAUCGACUAUUGGCUCGAGCAGUAUUCGUGGCGGACACAGGAGGAGCUACUAAACACGGAGUUGCCUCAAUUUCGCACCGGGCUUUCAAUACCCUCUGCCAAGGCAGCGGUGAGAAUUCACUUCAUCCACGUUCAUUCCUCACAUGCAAACGCGAUACCCCUUCUCUUGAUACCCCCUUUCCCCUUCUCGAAUCUUUCCCUCGCACACCUGAUUAAGCUCUUCAUAACCCCCGAGGACGACAAGAAUGAUCAGUCUUUCCACCUGGUCAUACCCUCUCUGCCGGGCCUGGGGUUCAGUGACGCCUUGCCGAACAACACUCCCGUAAUCUCGGCCACGGCAGAGCUCCUAAACGCAUUGAUGAGCCGGCUUUCGUAUCCGCAUUACCUGGCGACGAACACGGGCGCGGGCACGGCCUCCCCUGCAGAAAUCGACUUCAAGCUUGCUGAUUAUCUCGUUACUUGCUAUCCGGACUCCUGCUUAGGUGCUCACUUCCUCUCCCCCCCGCUGACACGACCUCGCAUGCAAGAAGCACCUAUAGAGUGGGCCAGGUGGCGCGUCGCGAAAUUAUUUCGCAGCCCCAUGCUGGGUUACCACGAGGAGGACUUUUUGGCUCUCAGGCGGACCGGGUACGUCCGUCGGCCAAAGGCGAAGAAGUCGCCAACACCUGCCCAAUUUGGACUGAAUAACCUGAGCGUGUGGGAGCCCAAUACUCUGGCUUAUGCCUUGUGCGACUCCCCGACUGGCUUGUUAGUGUUUGUUUUGAAGGGCCUCCGUCUGCUCAGUCCCCAAAAGGAUUUCACGCCAACUGAGAUUAUCAACUUCGCCCAACUAGCUUGGCUGCCCGGCCCGGAAGCAGCUAUGAGAUUCUGGGCACACUGCAUAUCCCAUCCGGAGAAGGUGGAGAGGAAGGCUGCUAGGAAACCAAAAAUCGGGGUCACAGUAUUCCUCGGAGAGAAGCCGAACACGGAAGCGAAGGGAGGCGGGCCAGAACAGGAGGGGGCAGAGGAUUGCUAUACCUGUCCUAGCUGGGCCAACGUAGGUUAUAAUGUGGUCUACACUCGCCGAGCUACCGGCCGAUCCGGGCUCUUGGCCUGGGAACAACCCGAAACUAUCGUUGCGGGUAUCCGUGGUGUCGCUGCAGCGGUUUUAAAAUCGGACACCCGACUCCGGCCCGCGAGAACCCCGGCCGUGGCGCUUCUCGAACAAGUACCAGCGCACACCGGCGUGGCCGGGGGUCAGGCACCGUCUGUCCCAAGGACAAGCCCCGCUUCGAGUCGUCCAGCACCUGAGCGUCCGGAAGAACAUAAUCAACCGCACCGAAAGAUCAACGACGAGGCGGCCGUGGGGAGCAGUGAGAAAGCCACCGACAAGGAACUAUCGACAUCUGCGACACCCAGUCCCGCACACGGAUGAACAGGUGCAACCGCGUGGGUAAACGAGUGACGGUAGUGCGACCGGAUGGCGAGAAGCAUAGCCGAUCCGGGUUACGAUAGAAUUGGGCGCGUCUGGAGUUUCGGCGUCUAUCGGACGCAUGAGGGAGAAGGGAGGUAGCUGGAAACAUAUACCCGUUUGCUGCGACUGCGUUAUAUUGAUGACACCUCGACAACGACAGCUGGCGGGUAUCUCGAAAGAAGCAUGGCAUGGCGCUGAUAUGGCGGACGUAGGUAGCUAGAGGAAUUUAGCUCUAGAACUGCGAAUACCUACCUUGUUCCUAAUACGUCGAUCCAAAUUCCCUUCCUGUCGCAAAUCUCGAAGGCGUUAUUUCUGCGCAGGGCUGCAUACACACGUACAUACAUACCUACAUAUUAUACUGCCGCCUACAUCCGCUACCUCAUAUCGUCGUAGGUCGGUAGCUGGAGAGGACGAGAAGAGAGGGUGACCGGGAAAUGGCGUACAUACCUGCCUG